AUGGAUUUCCACUCCACGAUACCGGCCUUCGUGGUGGCGGAGGAUCCCGUUCCCGCCUGGAGGAUGGCGCGCUCCCCCGAUGGCGUCGAGGACGCGAUCCACCACGACGGCCGGUUCUACUCCGUCACGUACACCGGCCGCGUCGAGGCGUGGCAAUGCGACGACGAGACCGGCGAGUUCACCAGCCAGGUGGUGGCGCCGCCGCUGGCUGCGGCUGCUCACGACGAGAAGAAGCAGCUGCGCCGCAAGUACCUCGCGGCGUCGACGGACGGGCGGCUGAUGGCCGUGCUCAAGCACACGGAGGUGGUCGAAGAGAAGGGGGAGUACUCGUACAUGAACAAGUGGAUCACGCGCGUCCACUUCGAGGUGCAAGUCCUGGACCAGGCGAACGGGCGGUGGGAGGCGGCGGACAUGGGCGGCGCCGCGCUCUUCGUUGGCGUGAACGGCACCGUGUGCGUGUCGGCGAGGGAGCACCGGGGCAUCGCCGCCGGCAUCAUCUACUUCACGGACGACGAGGUCGGGGACGCCUGCCUACGCCAGGCGCACGGCGCCAACUACCAGUACCGUGGCGCGCGAGACGACACCGAGCUCCAGGAAACGGGCGUGUACUGCCUCAAGCUCGGAAAGGUGAUCAAGAGGAUACCGGACCCGGAGGACGGGGUGCACCCGUGCUGGCCGCCACCAGCGUGGUUCACGCCUUCAUUUUUGUGA